AUGGACGCGCAGCCCCGGAGCAGUUACAAAGGGCCGGAGCGAGGCCGCCGCGGCGGCGGGAGGUGGGGCGAGGCAGGGCUUGCUCAGGCGAGGCGGCGGCCGGGUCGGACCGGGCCACAGGCGGUGGCGGCGGGACCAUGGAGGCGGCGGCCGCUGCUCCGCGUCCCCGGCUGCUCCUCCUCGUGCUGGCGGCGGCGGCGACGCUGGCCCCGGGGGCGACGGAUGCAGAUUUCAGAAGUGAGAGUGUGGGAAAAUGUGCAUCAUAGAAUGGAGGAAGCUGUAGCUGCUGGUAGAUAUUGGGGCCUGGAAGCAAAAGGUGACCAAGCAUUACAGUGUUUCUGCCACCUUUGUACAAAAGACAAUUUUACUUGUGUGACAGAUGGGCUCUGCUUUGUCUCUGUCACAGAGACCACAGACAAAGUUAUACACAAUAGCAUGUGUAUAGCUGAAAUUGACCUAAUUCCCCGAGACAGGCCGUUUGUGUGUGCACCGUCUUCAAAAACCGGCUCUGUCACUACAACGUAUUGCUGCAAUCAGGACCACUGCAAUAAAAUAGAACUCCCGACUGUUGGCCCUUUUUCAGGAAAGCCAUCAUCUGGCCUUGGUCCCGUCGAAUUGGCAGCUGUCAUUGCUGGACCAGUCUGCUUCGUCUGCAUCUCACUCAUGUUAAUGGUUUAUAUCUGCCAUAAUCGUACUGUCAUUCACCAUCGAGUGCCAAACGAAGAGGAUCCUUCCUUAGAUCGUCCUUUUAUUUCAGAGGGCACUACGUUGAAAGAUUUAAUUUAUGAUAUGACAACAUCGGGUUCUGGAUCAGGUUUACCAUUGCUCGUUCAGAGAACAAUUGCAAGAACUAUUGUGUUACAAGAAAGUAUUGGCAAAGGUCGAUUUGGAGAAGUUUGGCGGGGAAAAUGGCGAGGAGAAGAAGUUGCUGUCAAAAUAUUCUCCUCUAGAGAAGAACGCUCAUGGUUCCGUGAGGCCGAGAUUUAUCAGACCGUAAUGUUACGCCAUGAAAACAUCUUGGGAUUUAUAGCGGCAGACAAUAAAGACAACGGUACAUGGACUCAGCUCUGGUUGGUGUCAGAUUAUCAUGAGCAUGGAUCCCUUUUUGAUUAUUUGAACAGAUACACAGUGACCGUGGAAGGAAUGAUAAAACUCGCUUUGUCCACAGCAAGUGGACUUGCCCAUCUUCACAUGGAGAUUGUUGGUACCCAAGGGAAACCAGCCAUUGCUCAUAGAGAUUUGAAGUCCAAGAAUAUCUUAGUAAAGAAGAAUGGAACUUGCUGCAUUGCAGACUUAGGACUGGCAGUAAGACACGAUUCAGCCACAGAUACGAUUGAUAUUGCUCCAAACCACAGAGUGGGAACAAAAAGGUACAUGGCCCCCGAAGUUCUAGAUGAUUCCAUAAACAUGAAACACUUUGAAUCCUUCAAACGUGCUGACAUCUAUGCAAUGGGCUUAGUAUUCUGGGAAAUAGCUCGACGAUGUUCCAUUGGUGGAAUUCAUGAAGAUUACCAGCUGCCUUAUUAUGAUCUUGUACCUUCUGAUCCAUCAGUUGAAGAAAUGAGGAAAGUUGUUUGUGAACAGAAGUUAAGGCCAAAUAUUCCAAACAGAUGGCAGAGUUGUGAAGCCUUGAGAGUAAUGGCUAAAAUUAUGAGAGAAUGUUGGUAUGCCAACGGAGCUGCUAGACUUACAGCUUUGAGGAUUAAGAAAACAUUGUCACAACUCAGUCAACAGGAAGGCAUCAAAAUGUAGUUCUGCGGCUUCGCCUGAACUCUGCUUUUCUUCAGAUCUGCUCCUGGGUUUUAAUUUGGGAGGUCAGCUGUUCUACCUCACUGAGAGGGAAUAGAAGGAUAUUGCUUCCUUUUGCAACAGUGUAAUAAGGUCAAUGAGAAACUCCCCAGGAUUUCUUUGGACCCAGGAAACAGCCAUGUGGGUCCUUUCUCUGCACUAUGAACACUUCUUUCCCAGGACAGUUACAAAGUGUUGUGUAGUCUACCUUUAUUUUUUAUUAACACAAAACUUGGUUGUUUUUUUGUUUUUUUAAAGAUGAUUGCUGAUCUUAACUUUAGGUUAACUCUGCUGUGCUGAAGAUCAUCUUUAAGGGUAAAGGAGCUGGAUUGUUGAGUUACACGAAACAUUUCUUAUUUUUCAGGAAAGUGAUUUUAUUCCUGGUUAGUACAUUCUCAGAGGAUUCUGAACCACUAAAGAGUUUCCUUGAUUCAGACUUUGAAUGUACUGGUCUAUAAUUUUCAGGAUCUUAAAACUAACACUUAUAAAACUCUUAUCUUGAGUCUAAAAAUGACCUCAUAUAGUAGUGAGGAACAUAAUUUAUGCAAUUGUAUUUUGUAUACUAUUACUGUUCUUUCACAUAUUCAGAACAUUACAUGCCUUCAAAAUGGGAUUGUACUAUACCAGUAAGUGCCGCUUCUGUGUCUUUCUAAUGGAGAUGAAUAGAAUUGCUUAAAGUCUGUGUGUCUUAAAACCUAUAGUAUUUCAAUUCAAGAAAUUUAUUUAUCUGGGUAGCCCAGACUUUCUCUGUCUAGCUUUUUGGAGGAAUUUUUGUAGUAUGUCAUUUGGUAGUCCAUUUUGAAAAUGCCUUUCUCCUACCAAAAUGUGCUUAAACCACUAAAGAAAUGAAGUGGCAUUAAUUGGUAAAUGUUAUCAUGGUCAUAUUUGAAUAUUCUCACUUCAAGCUUUUGCUUUUAAAUUGUGUUGUCUAAGUAUACCUUAAGUCAAGUGGCACUCUAGAUGCUUAUAGUACUUUAAUAAUUUAAAACUUGUAGCCUACAGACUAAUUUUUCUAAAAGGGAAAAUUUGUCUAGCUGCUUGUGAAAAGUUGUGUGGCAUUCUGUAAGCCAUUUUUUUCUUUAUCUGAUCAAAGACAGUGUUAUUUUUUUAAGAAAUGAAUUACAUUUAAAAUUAGGAUAUGGUUGAUGUUAAAUAAUAGGUUUUUUUCUAGGAAGGUAAAGGUAAUUAAUAAUUUGAAUAGCUAACAGGUGUGCAAGAGAGUCACAUUCGUUAUGUCGGAGUCAGUGUUCAGUGGGCUUUCUGUCUUUGUAACUAAGGUCAGAGUUCGUGUGGUUCUGGAGUCUCACUACCCUUUGAAGAAGGCAGCUUCUAAUUCAGUCUUUCCCUCCGUGUGCGCAUACUGUGCACAAGUGCUUAAUCUCCAUGGUUAUGUAACGAGUUCAGUACACCCUUGAUAUUUGGGAGUGGUAGCUAAAGAACAUCCUGAGUAUAGGUUCUCCAUUUACAGAUGUUUUUAGUCAAAUUAAAUGUUUCAAGCAAACUCGUCAUGGUCUUCACAUUAACUUGAAACUAACUUACAAUAACUGGUUUUUACUUCCAGUGCUAAAAGUCCUUUAGGGCUUUUAUAAUUUUCAGAGUUCUCUUUAUCACUGUGAUCUUAUUCUGACGGGAGAGAAAAAACUAUCAUAGCAAUGAGGCAAGACAUUGACUUUAUACUGCUAUCAGUUUCUAAAUGAAAGGGUCAGAAUAACCUUUACAGUAUUUUGGUCAGUAAGAGAUAGUGGCCAUUUACACUGACUGGGCUGCAUUCUGAUAAUGUCUUAUCUCUUAUACAUAGAAUAAAUUUGAAAGACUAUUUGGUCUUAAAGCCAAAGUAAUUUUAGAAUGAAUGACAUAUACAUAGGAAUUUAGUGUCAAUUUCAUGUGUUUAAAAACAUCAUGGGGAAAAUGUGCUUAGAGGUUAAUAUUUUGACUCCAAAUCUGAGUUUUUUCUGUAGUUACCAUGAUUUUAAUUUUGUCAAAGCAAAUGAAUGAGUUUGAGGGGUUUGUUUUUAUAAAUAUGUUAGAUUUCCUGUUUAAUAAUCUCUAGCUCUGUGAUUAUAAGUACCUUUUUUUUUUUUUUUUUUUUUUUUUUUGGCCAUUUCUAAGCCUACCAGAUCUGCUUUAUGAAAUCCAGGGGACCAAUGCUAAAACUAUUUUUAUAUAAUUUUAAGAACAUACCAAAAGUUCUUGUCUGAUUUGAAAUUGUGAUACAUAAUUUCUCACUUUCCUAUAAGGUAAAGUAAUCAACUUUUACUGAAGAUAUUCUUUAUUGAAUCAAAGAUUGAGUUGCAGUUAUACUGUUCUUGCCUAAGUGAAUAAAAUGUACUUUUGGGGAGUCAGGGAAUUUUUUUUAAAGUUGGAGUUUAGUUCUAAAUUGGGUUUAUUGCAGCAAAUUCCUUUUUUGGCUAAUGAGUUUGAUAAACCCCAUUUGGCUAAUAUUGGAAACGGAAGUCACUUAAAAGAUGAAAUAGAUCCUGAUUGCUAUGGCCAUAACUGCAGAUAAGUUUGACUAGAGUGUUAAUUUUGUCACUCAGAAACACAAGCGUUUGUUUAUGCUGCCUGUCUUCAGACGUUCACCUUCCAAGAUUAAACUUGGCUUAAAAUGUACCUUCAGACCAGUUACCUGUCCACGUCCAUUUUGUCAGUACCCUGGAGGACUGGGGAUGAGGGAGGUACGACCCGGUGGGGCACAGGUGUCCCCGGUCCUUCCUUUAUAACUUCAGCUUAGUUUUCUCAACCGGCCUUCCUGCUGGUCCCUGCUCAGAGACCAUUGCCUUGCCGCCACCAUGCCCUGCCCAUAUCCCCUCAGCAGCCUUUUGACUGAAUAGUUGCUUUUGGUAUCUAAAUGAUUGAUGGAAACGUAGGACGUGCUUCCAUUUCUUCGAGUCAUGGGGUGUUGCUGGGAGGGCUCUCCCAAGUUUGGAGACUGGGUGGGUGAUGGCUCUGCUGGCUGCCUUGUUGUGACUUCAGUUAUGGCCAGGGAGUGGGAAGGCAGCAAGGUGGCAGUAUGGCAAUAGGAGUUGUGCCAGAAGCAGUGGCCGAUCCUACCCACUGUAGGACAGGGUAAGGUCUGAAGAAGGGAGCCUGUGAUUCUGCUGUAAUGAUAUUGCUCAAGAAGUGCCUCGAGUCAGUGCACAGUGCCAUGGCCAUCAAGAUUUCCAAAUUUCAGUUCUCCUUAUGACAUUUAGUGAUCAGCUCAUGCGUGAGCUACCUUCUGUUCCCCCUCUACAUCGCGAACUGUCCCACUUAGACUGUUUUGUGAAACAAGAUGGCCUAUUGCCAAUUAAAAUGCAGAACAAAAUCAGUAUCCCAGUAGACCUGUCAUAUCAAGAGUUUAUUUUUAUCCUUGCACUGAAAGAGUGAUUAUAAGUCAACUGUUUCUUUUUGUUUCUUGACUGUGGCAGUGUUCUGGCUCCAAAUGAUGGAAUUUCCAAACAGUGGUUCUGUUACAGCUUGGCAGGAAAUGCCAAUUCAGAUAUUUUUGAGAUCCUAAAGAAUAGCUCUGGACAUGUAAUCUGUAGCUUCUUGAGUGUGAUUAAGAACGCUGAAAUACCCACGGGCCCCUUCCGGCAGUGCUGGGAUUCUAAGUCAUUCUGAGGAUUGUCAGUACAUUCAAGCUUUUCCACACCAUUAUGCAAUCUUACUUGUAAUUGUAAACUUCUAAGAAUGUGGUUAAUAAUAUUCAACCUGUUUCUUAAAACUUAAAAAGAACUUAAGUGAAUUUGUUUUUAUUUUUUAACAAGAUUUAUGAAUUGAAUAUCGUGAACCGUGUUUUGAUAUCCCUUUUUCACCUUGUGCCAAUGGAAUGGGGUGUUUGAUAUUUCUUUCUAUGUCAAGGAGAUGCUUCAAAAUGUCAAUUGCUUUAAACUUAAAUUACCUCUCAAGAGACCAAGGUACAUUUACCUCAUUGUAUAUAUAAUGUUUAAUAUUUGUCAGAGCAUUCUCCAGGUUUGCAGUUUUAUUUCUAUAAAGUAUGAGUGUUAUGUUGCUAAAUUACUCAAAUGGUACUGUAUUGUUUAUAUUUGUACCCCAAAUAACAUCUUCUAUACUCUCUGUUUUCUGUAUUUUAUUGUAUUCGUGCAAAAUUCUUUUGGCUUUUACCAGUGUAACCUCUGCCCUUUCGGAUGUGUACAGAAAAUGUCCAUGUAAAUUUUCAUUUAAGUUGAAUGAUUUUGAGAAACCUAUAAAGAGGAAAGAAAAACAAAGACGACAGUUCCCCAGAAGUUUUUAAAAAUUGUAUAUUGUAUUUGUAGUAAUAUUCUGAAUGAGCUGUAAAUAGGAAGUAGAAGAGCGAUGCUUAUGUCGGGUCCUAACACUACAGUAGAGAAGUGGAAGCAAUGCAAAUAAAUGACUUUUUUUUCCCAAGUGCUAGUGGCAUCAUUUAAAAUAAAGUAUGUAUAUUGGACUGAGCCAUGCUGAUAUGAAAUGCAGUUGCUAUAGACAGAUACUAGAGUCUUUGGAUUAUUCCUCAGUACAAGUUGCAACAUGGUAACGGGGCUGAGAAGUGCCCACCUGCCUUGAAGGUGCAUCCGUGGCGUCCUCCCACAUGCGUGGGGGUGCCUGAUCUGUCAGGGGAUGGGAUGGACCUGCCUCCACGUGAACUGCUUAUUGUCUCUCACUCCGCAGGUUUGCUAAUGUUUUGUUAAAGAUGUUACUAUUUUGAUUCUCAAAGUUUUUUCAGUGAUUUUCAAAGGAAAUUGAGUGCAUCCUCUUUCCUAAUUUAAGGAUUUGUGAGAAUUGGCAUUUUUUUUUUUUUUUAAGUCAGUUUGAACAGUUAGUAUGCUAACUCGGCCGAUAAGGAAACUGAGAAAAUAGCAGUGGAGAGAGGUGAUGUGUCCCCAAACUCUUGACUAACAUUGAGAAAGGUUUUAUGGAUUGGAUUGUUCUUGCGUUAAACACUGUCACUUCAGUUCAAAGACUGGAUGUAGGGAUUUUUUUUUUUUUCUUUCUCUAUACUAAAGAAGACACAUCACCAGGAUGUAGCGCUUUUAUUGAAAGAUGGAAAAAAGUAAAGUUAUUUUUAAAAUACAGAUUCAGAGAAACGGCAGAACUAGCUUUAUACUGGUCUCUUCUAUUUUGGAAAAAGUGUUUUUACAUAUGUGGCCUCCCGGACAUAUCUUGUAGCUCUUCACCGUCUGUUUGGCUUUACCACUGAGGAUUUACAAAAGAGUGGGGCUACUCUGAAAGACAAGAAAAUCUUGAUGUUAUAAAAGGUAAGGCCGAGUCAUGCAGGGCUCAGCCCUGCAUAUUUUUUCAGAAUUGGGAAAGAAACUAUAUUAAAUCAUUAUGGGGAAAAAAAAGGAUUCUUUAUGAGAGCUAAAGAGAAAUAGAAAAAGUAAGAAACUUAAGAGAACUAUUUUCUUUCCUGUUAGAAGGAAUAGAAUUAUAAAGGGGGAUUGGCAACUUAAGUAUUUCAAAAGGGAAAGGGGAAAGAAACCAUUGACGGAGGGUACAGAAAAAUAGGAAGUAAAGGGGAGUAUUGGCAUGGACCAGUAAUGAAAUGUGCACAUGUCAUAGGCAGCACUAAAACACUGGGAUCUUGAUGUUGUGGUAGAUGGUGUGCAGGGAAGUCUAGUUCUUUGUUAGAGGUGUGGUUGAUAGACUAUUUGGUAACGUUAGACAUUUUAUUUUUUCAAAGGAAUCUUUAUUUUAUUUAUUUAGAGAGUGCAGAGGAGAGGGGCAAGGGGAGAGAGAAUCCCAAGCAGGCUCUGCACUGUCAGCAUGGAGCCAAGGUGGAGCUCAAUCCCACGAACUGUGAGAUCAUGACCUGAGCUGAAAUCAAGAGUCAUACGCUUAACUGACUGAGCCACCCAGGCACCCCCGCCCUAGUGUUAGACCUUUUAAAAGGAAAAACUGUGGGAAGGGUUAUGGAUGUCAACCAUAAAGUAAAGUUAGAGCUGCUGCUUGGCACCCCGGAUACCUAGAAGAGGAGUCAGGUGGUCAUUGGAUUCAUAAACUGAAAUACAUGUGGGCAUUCAGCGAGUGAUGGAUUAAAUGCACUUUUGAGAUUUAAUUCCAGAUGUGCAGAGAUCAUUGUACUGAUCAUCACCUAAUGUGGAGUUUUCCCAAGUGCUUUUAUAUGUAUGGUCUCACCUGACUUUUGCAACUAGGACAGAUGGUGGCCAACUGAGUGUCCUGAGGAGGGUAGAGAGGACUUGGAGGAGGCUGGCAGUCCUUCCUUUAGGGAAUGACUGAAGGUGAGCUGGCUGCAAAUUGGAUAGAGGGGUGAGGCCAGAGAGGGCAGAUGCUGUGUAAGUCUCAGGAGCAGCUUUCUCUCCCUCACUGGCUUUGCACUUGGUGAGCUUCUUUAACCCAGAAGCUUCUUUCACUCCUGGCUUCUUCCCUGAGAGUUCAAAGCCUUGUAGCUUGGGAGGCUGGUGGCAGCCAGCCAAGUCCCAGAGUCAGACCCAAGGAGAGUGAGACUUCAAAAUAUCUCUCCUCAUAGCAAAACAGACAAACCAAAACACUCAAAAAACCUAGAAAGCUGAACAUUCUAGAUGUUCUCAAUACGUAACAGACCUACCUAGACCUGAACAGGCUAGAGCAGUUAUAAGCAGUACAGGUGGAAUAGGCCACAGAUGACCUACAGGUGCACGUCUCUCUGGUUCCUGGGUAGGGGAGGCUCAGGGAGGGCACCUAGGUACAAUGGAGCAGGUUUAUAUACACCAAGCUCAGAUCUUUCCUUCCUUUUCCAACUACUGGAUUCCUGAGAGUGUAGGGAGGGUGAUUCCUGCUGCCCUGAGCUCUAGUCAGCUUAGAAGGGCUGGGCAUCCUGUGAUUGUGACCCAGAUUUAGGGCCUGUAGAUUUGGGAUUAGGUUGCCACUCUCCCUAGUAGGCUCCAGAGUAUCUGAUAUUUCUACAUCUAAUCUUAAAGCCCGCUGGCGUAACAGUCCCCUUGGGAUCUCUGACUCGAGACCAGCAAAGGGGCUGUGGGCUCAUAGGUGAUCAUUGGACUUUCAGGAAGCUCCAGGGACUUCUGGAGGAUUUGGACACAAGUUAGCUUUCAGAAAUGAAGGCGUAAAAUAAGGUGGCAAAAUAAAAAGAUAAACUAAACCAUUUUUUUUUGCCUAUGGAUCUGUUUUUAAAUUCUUCAGAACGAAAAUAUGAUGGCUACUCGAAUCCACAGGAUAGAAUGAAGAGUCCUGUAAAUGGUAAA